CCCCUCGGUGUCCCCGCUGUCCCUCGGUGUCCCCGCAGGACCCCGAUGUCCCCUCCACCCCUCCGGGGGUGCAGCACGUCCCUGCAGUGCUGGCAGGAGGGGACACGGUGACAAGGGCCCGGGCUGGGGGGUACAGUGUGCCCCCCAGGGACAUUUUGGGGGGAUUAUUUGCGUUUUUUGUCCUCCCACUGGGUGCCUGGGCAGACCCCACCCCCGGGGCCGUGUUGGGGUCCCUGCUGCGGGGGGGGGGACACAGGGGACACCCCCGGUCACAGUGAGGGGGCAGCAGGACCCCGCAGAUGUGUGACUGUCCCCUGCCCGUGUCACCUCCGGCCCUUUGUGCGUGACGAGGCGUGACGCGACACGGGGGGGCGGCCCCCCACGACCACCCCUCCCCUCCCCUUCCGCUGCCAUCGCCCCCCCCAGGUCCCCGUCGCUGCCACCCCCUCUGUCCCAGCGCCCUCCGCUCGUGUCACCGUCCCCACGCAGCGCACACGCGUGUUCCCGUCUCGCUGGUGGCCAUGCCGGGGGGUCCCGGCUGUGCCCAGGUGUCCCCAAGUGUCCCCCCCCCCGCCACCCCGCUACCCCCGAGUGGGGGCAGUGGGACAAACCCGCCCUGGGGACACCUCGGGGGGACACGGGAGGCCCUGGGCAGCCCCGGAGCGCCGUGCCUUGGUGACAGGAGGUGGCGGUGCAGGGGUGUCCCCUGUGGGACCCCCCCCGAGGGCCCCCCCGGCCCCGCUGCCUCCGUCAAUCAGCGCUGGCCCCGCUCCCGGCGCCGCGGACAUGGAGGGCCCCGAGCUGCUCCGGCUCUGGGUGCUGGCAGCCCUGGCCCUGGCGGUGUCCCCGGUCACUGUCCCCGAGCACCACGUCCUCCCCGACCUCCGCCUCUCCGCCGAGACCGGGGCCAUCUUCGUGCACGAGCUGGAGCGGGAGCCCUUCCUGGAGGCCUUCAGCGGCAGCGAGGAUGAUGAUGCCCCCGUGACCUUCCGUGCCCACCUGUGGCAGCGGCCGGACCUGCCGCGGUGGCUGCGCUUGGCCCAGCGCGGCCCCGGCCAGCCCGGCUUCCUGUACGGCUGCCCGCUGCCCCCCGAGCUGGGCACCCACCGCCUCCAGGUGCUGGCCUACAACCGGCGCACCUUCGCCACCGCCAGCCAGCGCCUCGACAUCGGGGUCACCCCCGCCCCAGGGGGGGAGGCGCCGUUCCAGGCCGAGUUCCUGGUGGGGAACAGGGACGUGGAGGAGCUGCUGCCGGAGGCGGCGCGGGAGAUGUUCCUGGAGGCCUCGGCCGGGCUCUGGGAGCGCGGGGACCUGCACGUCAUCAACGUCACCUCCGCCCUGGACCGCGGGGGCCGCGUGCCGCUGCCCAUCGAGGGUCGCAAGGAGGGGGUGUACGUCCAGGUGGGCUCCCACAGCCCCUUCUCGCCGUGCCUGCUGGCGGCCGUGUCCCCGCAGAGCCGCGCGCGCUGUCACCGCGGCCAGCGUCCCCUCGCCUCCUGCUACGACACCUUCGCCCCCCACUUCUCCAUCCGCUGGUGCAACCUCAGCCUGCUGCAGGUCGUUCCCAGCCCCCGCACGCCGGGGCCCGAGUGGGGGCCGGGGGUGCUGGAGGGGGGGGGCGAUUUCGAGCCCCCCGGCGAUGUCGCCCCCCGGGAGCUGCUGUCCCCCUUCCUGGUGACGCUGCUGGUGCCGCUGGCGGUGGCCGCGCUGCUCUGCCUGCUCCUGGGCCACCUCAUGUGCUGCCGCAGGGAGGGAGUGGAAAAACGGGACUUGCAGACGUCUGACCUGCAGCUGUUCCACCACGGCUCCAUCCUCGGCGACACGCGCGAGCUGCGGCUCAUGGCCGGCCGGCGGGACGUGCCCCGGCCGCUCUCCACGCUGCCCAUGUUCAACGUCCGCACGGGCCAGCGCACCGACCCCAUGGCCAGCGCUCGCCACGGGGCCCGCGCCCCCCUGCUCCCACCCUGAGGGGACCCCCGAGCCGCGGGGACAGCGCCAGAGCUGGGGGCGGCGUGUCCAGGGGGGUUUGGGGGGACGGACCCCCGCGGGGAGGAGGAGGAGGAGGAG